GGGCGUCUUCCUUUUCUGAUCCGGUCGGAAUUACCCGGCGGCGCACGCCGACAUGGCUGCGCUGGUGGGGAGAGGUGUGCGGGACAUGCUGAAGCGUGCGGAGUUCAUGACGGUCCCGCGGAGACAACGACAUAAGAAAAAAUGGGCUGCCACAGAGCCCAAAUUUCCUGCCACUCGACUGGCUCUGCAGAAUUUUGACAUGACCUACAGUGUGCAAUUUGGUGAUAUUUGGCCAUCGAUCCGGGUCAGUCUCCUCUCAGAGCAGAAGUAUGGUGCACUGGUCAAUAACUUUGCUGCCUGGGAUCGUUUGAGUGCUGAGCUGGAGCAGCUGAGUGCCAGGGACUUCGUGAAUGAAGCUAUCUUCCACAGGGAACCAGAACCUGAGAAUGGCCAAACUGCAGCUCCACCCCCUGCCUCCUGGGCCUGCAGUCCAAACCUUCGAUGCUUCACUUUUGCCAGAGGAGAUGUCAGCCGUUUCCCUCCUGCCAGGCUUGGCAGCCUGGGUGUCAUGGAUUACUACCUGAUGGAUGCUGCCUCCUUGCUACCUGUCCUGGCCCUCGGCCUGCAGCCUGGUGACACCGUGCUUGACCUGUGUGCCGCCCCUGGGGGAAAGACACUAGCAUUGCUUCAGACUGGCUGUUGCCGCAAUCUUGCUGCCAAUGAUCUCUCCACUUCACGAGCAGGCAGACUACAGAAGGUCCUUCACAGCUAUGUGCCUCAAGAUGUCAGGGAUAGGAAUCGAGUUCGAGUCACAUCAUGGGAUGGAAGGAAGUGGGGAGAACUGGAGGGGGACAUCUAUGACCGGGUUUUUUCUCUAGUUUACAGGGAUUCUAGAGUCAGACUGCUUGGAUCGGAGUCCUGGCUCUAUUACUUAUCAGCCAGAGAAGUUUGGGUGCUGGUGGAUGUGCCCUGUACGACAGACCGCCACUCCCUUCAUGAGGAGGAGAACAACAUCUUUCAGCGUUCAAGGAAGAAGGAGCGGCAGAUGUUGCCUAUGUUGCAGGUGCAGCUUCUUGCGGCUGGACUCCUUGCCACCAAACCAGGAGGCCACGUUGUCUAUUCCACCUGCUCACUCUCACACUUACAGAAUGAGUAUGUGGUGCAAGGCACCAUCGAGCUCCUGGCCAAUCAAUAUGGCAUCAAGGUUCAUGUGGAAGACCUGACUCACUUCAGAAAGCUUUUCAUGGACACAUUUUCUUUCUUCCCAUCCUGCCAGGUUGGGGAGCUGGUAAUCCCAAACCUCAUGGCCAAUUUUGGGCCUGUGUACUUUUGCAAAAUGUGUAGAAUGACGUAGCAUCACCCUGUUCCUGAAAUCCUGUUGUAGGAAGACAAAGGGUGUACUCUUGUGGAGACCAGUGGCUGAGAUGCACUGUGGCCUAUCUCCAUCCCAUUCAAGUCUUUCUGUAGACAGUUUUCAGCAGUAGGAAGUAAGAGUUUUUCUGUCCUGCUGUCCAAUUGUGGAGCAUCAGCACGUUUCUAACUCACUUGUUACACCCCACUUCUAACCCCUACUCCCCAUCUCUGAGCCUGUGCUAAAGGUUCCUGCCCCAUUAGGAGUUUAGGAGGAGGAACCAGUGAGCAGGGCCACUCUUUAAGCUGCAAACUUGGGAAGAAGCAUUUAGCCAAUAAAAUUGUUGAAGCUUCAUGUAGUUGGGACUGUAGUUGGGGGGCCUCACGUCAGUCCAAGUAGUGUUAGUUCGUUUUGUACUCAGGUACCCAAAGCACAGGACCUCAGCCUGGUUACAGGCCUCUGGUUACAGAGCCCGUCUCACACUUGAGGUGAGUUCUGCAUGAUAAGUCUUGAGCAGCUGAAGGGCUUAAACAAGCCUACCAAGUUUCUCCAUAUGUCCCGUGAUCUAAUUUAAGGAACAAGUAACUAAAAUGUUAAGCCAGUGCAUAAUAAUCUGCUUACUUACUUUGAGAAAGCUCUCUUGAGCUGACUAAUUCCAGCCAUUCCUCCUGCUGUCAACAGCACUGCUUCCCAAAUGUGGCUGGGAAGAGGUCUAGUGGCUCCAUUGGCUCCUGUGCUCUAGAGCCUGUGAGCCACAACUACUGAACCCACGUGCUACAACUACUGAAG